AUGGUGACUGCCCUCCCCUUCAUCAGCGGCGGCGGUGCACGGGGCACCUCCCCUUCACAACCGUCGGCUCCCUCGUCGUCGCCGGAGACCCUCCGCGCCGGACCGAGCGCCACCAGGGGCGCCACCCUGCGCUGUCGAGCCAAGCCGCUCUACUCCCUCUAUCUUCCCUCCUCCUCCUUCCUGGCUUCGGGUUCCAUCCAUCCCAUCUCCGUGCGCGACCAUGCCCGCCUCACCGGUGCGUGGCGAGUGACCCUGGUGCGACGGGCUGCCCUGGCGCGGGCGCAGCUGCCGGUGCGAUGGCGUGCCGCGACGCGGCCUGGCCGGCGCGGUGCCCAUCCCCAGCGCGGCGAGCCUGCUCAGGCGCGCCGGCCAUCACCAGUGCUGCUCCUCGUCCUCGUCCUCCUCCUCCUCCUGCCCCUCGUCCCUGACCAGUGCCGCACCAGCCCCUUCGCCGCCGCCCAUCAACUGCUCGAUGAAAUUCCAUUGAAGACUUCUAUGGUGGCAAGGCUACCAGAAUCCUAUGCAAGAGGAGCAGCGGCGGCGGCCGAGCCCUCCUACCAGAGCGUGGUCCUCGUCGUCGGAUCCACCGGCAUCGUCGGCACCUCGCUCCUCGACAUCCUCCCGCUCGCCGACAGCCCCGGCGGGCCGUGGAAGGUCAACGCCGUCUCGCGCCGCCCGCUCCCGCCCUGGUUCCCGGCCCCCUCCCCCGCCGUCACCCACCUCGACCUCGCCGACUCCGCCGCCGUCGCCGAGGCCCUACAACCCCUCACUGACAUCACCCACGUCUUCUUCGUCGCCUGGACCAGCCGCCCCACCGAGGAAGAGAACCGGGAGGCCAACGCCGCCAUGCUCCGCAACGACAUCCUCUUCGACCAGGUGUCCCGCCGCGACGGCGCCGUCAGCUGGUCCGUGCACCGCCCCACCACCGUCUUCGGCUACUCCCCGCGCAGCGCCAUGAACCUCGUCGGCAGCCUCUGCGUCUACGCCGCCAUCUGCCAGAAGGAGGGCGCCACACUCCGGUGGCCCGGCUCCAGGGUCACCUGGGAGGGGUUCAGCGACGCCUCCGACGCCGACCUUAUCGCCGAGCACGAGAUCUGGGCCGCCGUCGAUCCCUUCGCCAAGAACGAGGCCUUCAAUUGCAGCAACGGGGAUCUCUUCAAGUGGAAGCAGCUGUGGCCGAUACUCGCCGAUCACUUCGGGGUGGAAUGGGCUGGCUACGAAGGGGAGGAGAACAGGUUCAGGCUCGAGGACGCCAUGGCCGGGAAGGAAGCCGUCUGGGCGGAGAUUGUCAGGGAGAAUGACCUUGUAGCCACAGAGCUUGACGAGAUCACCAAUUGGUGGUUCGUCGAUGCCAUGUUUGCUGUCGAGACCCAGCUUCUGGACAGCAUGAACAAAAGCAAGGAGCAUGGCUUCCUGGGCUUCAGGAACACUGUCACCUCUUUCAACACAUGGAUCGAGAAGAUGAAGGUCUUCAAGAUUGUUCCCUAA